CGUGACGUCAAUACGCUGCUCGAGGGAAAAAAAGAACAGAGGAAUUCGCGUUUAUAUCGCUAGUUUAUCGUUAAAUAUAGCGUUGUUAAUGGACUUAAAUAGGUUUUAAUUGUGUAAAUAACCUGAUUUUAGCAACAGCUGUAUUUAAACAGGUUUUAAAAAAGGUCAUGUCUGCUUCAGCGGUCUUCAUCCUGGAUCUUAAAGGCAAGGUACUGAUAUGUCGCAACUACAAAGGCGAUGUGGACAUGUCGGAGAUAGACCACUUCCUGCCGCUGCUGUUGCAACAGGAAGAGGAAGGGCUAAUGUGCCCUGUUAUUUCACAUGGCAAUGUGCACUUCAUGUGGAUCAAGCACAGCAAUCUUUACUUGGUGGCUACUACCAACAAGAACUCCAAUGCGUGUCUGGUGUAUUCAUUUCUCUACAAGCUGGUGGAGGUGUUCACAGAAUAUUUUAAAGAGCUGGAGGAAGAGAGCAUUCAGGAUAACUUUGUUGUGGUGUACGAGCUGCUGGAUGAGCUCAUGGAUUUCGGCUUCCCUCAGACCACAGAUAGCCAGAUCCUACAGGAAUAUAUCACGCAGGAAGGCACCAAACUGGAAGUCGCGAAGGCCAAAGUGCCCACAACAGUCACCAACGCUGUAUCCUGGAGGUCUGAAGGCCUUAAGUACAAGAAGAAUGAGGUGUUUAUAGAUGUCAUUGAGUCUAUAAAUGUUCUGGUGAAUGCCAAUGGGAGUGUAAUGAGCAGUGAUAUUGUAGGCACUAUUAAACUGAAAACCAUGCUCUCAGGAAUGCCUGAACUCAGACUUGGACUCAAUGACCGUGUUCUCUUUGCUCUUACUGGACGAGACAAGGGGAAGACUGUAGCAAUGGAAGAUGUGAAAUUUCACCAGUGCGUAAGACUCUCGCGCUUUGAGAGCGACAGAACCAUUUCAUUUAUCCCUCCAGACGGAGAAUCGGAGCUGAUGUCAUACCGAAUCAAUACUCAUGUAAAACCUCUGGUCUGGAUCGAGUCUGUUAUCGAAAAGUUCUCUCACAGUCGAGUGGAAAUCAUGGUAAAGGCUAAAGGUCAGUUUAAAAAGCAGUCUGUGGCCAACAACGUGGAGGUGUGUGUUCCUGUCCCAAGUGAUGCAGACUCCCCAAAAUUUAAAACUAGUACUGGCCAUGCAAAGUACGUUCCUGAAAAGAACCUGGUGGUGUGGACCAUUAAGUCCUUCCCAGGAGGGAAAGAGUUCCUGAUGCGAGCCCAUUUUGGCCUCCCCAGUGUGGAGAAAGAUGAGCUGGAGGGAAAACCACCCAUUACCGUCAAAUUUGAGAUCCCAUACUUCACUGUGUCAGGAAUACAGGUGCGAUAUAUGAAGAUCAUCGAGAAGAGCGGCUACCAGGCAUUACCUUGGGUAAGGUACAUCACAAAGAGUGGAGAUUACCAACUCCGGACGAACUAGAAAAGCACUUUGCAUUUCCUGAACUUGUUCAAACUCCCAGGCAAAUGAUCAUCUGAUGAAUUCAUAAUUUGCAUCACAAAACUCUCUUGAUUUAUUUCAGUUCAUUUUUUGUUUUGGAAAGCAGAAGGAAAAUAAUUUCAUGAUUUUUAAUCCUAAGAUUUUAUUGAUGCUGAAAAGCUACUUUUAGGGAUUGCAGUCGUUGCACUAAUUUCAUGAUUUAAAAUGUUAAAUCAAAAACACUGUUUUCUUAUAAUAAUGAUUCAUAAUGUGAUGAAUGUGUUUUGGUGAAUUCUGCAGAAGGUCACGUGUUAUUUCAUGAAUUAAAUUAUUACACUG